AUGAAAAAUAAUGAUUACAUUGAGAAAUAUUUGUUAGAGAAAGAGAAAAGGUUGAUGUUAAGAACCUUGGUAGCGAUUCUCACGAGUGGCACCACGAACCAACUCGGUGCAAAAUUUCUCAAGGUUUUUGACAUUCUUGGAGGAAAAGGUGAUACCGAUCUCAGAAUUGGAGAAACAAGGACGACAUUCCGCUUGGAGCGAGGCGACCAUGAAAAGGAGAGGAUCUAUUGCUUGUCGAGGCAAGGAUUUGGAUCUUGGAGAGGGUAA